ACUCUCACACAGUCUGACUUUAAACAAUCCUCUCCCUGCCCAUACCUCACACAGUACAAGCCUGACUUCUGCAGGGAGGACACAGCUCUUUCUCUGGAUUGCACUUCUCCAUCACAGGCGGACGGUACAUUUUUGCCUUUAGAGCACAGUUAAGCAGCACAGGCCGGAGCAGCAUGGGGAGCAGCAUUUCAUGUGUCCCCCAACACAACUUCAGGUUCUCCAGCAAGAGUUUCAUUCGCAGAAACAGCAGUCGUCUGUUUCGCAAGAAGAAUCCCCAAGAGGGACAGGAGAAAUCCAACAGCAUCAUAAAUAUCCUGUGCACAGUCACCCCAAGGAAGGAAAUGUCUCCUAAAGAUCUUCAGACAAUAGAGAACAUAAAAUGGGACCCUCCAUUCGCCUACGACCCGGCCAGUGGGUGGAAGAAGAGUAGCAUCAAUGUGAAGAAUUUUGGACGAAUGAUUCACAGCUCCAAAGUCCGUUUCCGCUUCCUGCACUGCCAGGACAUUCAUGACUGCUACCUGGAUCUCUUUGAAACGCAUCUACAUUUUGUCUCCAACAACACAACUGGACUAACCUAUCAGGGAACUCUGCCAUUGAAGGAGCUUUGCAUCUGCAACCUGCAGCAGAACUGUAAUCACAGCCAACCCAAGGAAUAUGCCUUCCAAAUAAAUGGUGUCAGCCUGAACCCCAUCAUCGUCUACUGCUCCAGCCAGGCAGAAAUGGACCUGUGGUUUGGCCUUCUUCAGGAGAGUAUCGAGCAGAAUGGGGGAACUGCCGUCCAACCUGAAAACUACACCAGAGUGAGACUAAACCAGAACAAGUCUGAAGGAAGAGAGGAGCUGAGGAACUCCAUCAACAGGGAGCCCAUCUAUGAGUGGGAGGGCUCUCAGCGGGACAGCCUGGGCCCCAUCACCUACGUCACCAAAGUCCGACUGCAGCACCUGCCCUGCCAGGAACAGAGCGACAGAUUGCUGGUGUUGUACCCCUCGACCCUGAUCAUCUUAUCAGAGGAGAGCAACGGACUCUUCUAUAAGGGCAAACUUCCACUCAACAUGAUUACAGUAACCACUCCCUGUCAGGACAUCAAGCCAAACACCUUUAUGAUUGAAGGCAAGCUGAUCAACCCCAUAGUGGUGUCCUGUCUGGACAGAACAGAGUUCUGCGACUGGAUCCAGCAGUUCAAAGCUGCUGACGUCCCUGUUCUCACCCCCCCGCCCCCUGUGUAUGACAUCAUAUACACGCCAACAAACACAGAGGGAACAAGGUUUGACAGGUGGAGUGGAAACAGCCAGGGAAAAGCGGAGUCUCUCAAAUACAGCCAGCCGCCAAGUGGCCGUGGGUCCCUAAACCUUCAGUUACCAGUUCAUGAGGAAAAACUGAUGUCUCCAGGAUACUCUGAACCUCUCUGUUACAGCUCCAGUCGCCCCUCUUCAACCGAGACCGCCCGACUAGGCAGCAGGACCAACAGCGUGUCCUCCCAAACCAGGCCAGAUCGCAAUCUGAGACCUCUGUCGCUGCGCUACUCCUCGCCCCAGCACAGUUCCUAUCUGCAGCCUACAGAGAGCUCCCCGUUUUCUCAGCUCUACAGCACUCCCUACUCUGCCCUGCAUCGCUCCAGCCAACAGUGGCUGGAGAAAGCCCCGCUCAUCAAGUCUAACAGCUGGAGCACACCACAGACAUCCCUGCACUACCCUUUAAACACAAGCCAACGUCACUCUGACCUGUGUGCCCCACGUCAACCAUUGUCACCCCUAUACGAUGAGCCUUGCACCCCAGAGAUCUUCAGCCUGGAGGAGGCCCGGCCGGUGCAGCAGAGCUGGAACGAACCAAUCCAGCACCACCAUCAGGAUGCCCAUCUCCUACCCUCCUCUUUCCAGCUACGCACUCCCCCCAUGGGCAGACGCUCCGGGAGAAGCAUGGUCCUGGCCAACACCCAGGCGCAGAUUCCAUUCCGAGACAUGGAAACGCCUCAAAGCCAAGCAGAGCAGAGAGCAGAAGCUGUGUCGAGAUUGAAGCUCCUGCCAAUGCCCAGCCAAGUUCAGGAGCAGAUACUUCUCCCAUCAAGCUCUCUGAGGAACCCUUCUCAUAUGCCAUAUGGUUACUCACCAGAUCACCAUUCGUACCUCGAACCCACGGACCCAGAUGACCAGGAAGUGGACUAUGACAACAUUUGGGAGUACGACGGUGAGACUGGAAUGAUUCAGCCAGCGUGUGGAAUUUCAACACAGUGGACAGGAUUAGACUUUGGGGCCCAGGGCGUUGAUCCCAUGGCAACUCAGCAGAGAUGGUCGUAAAAAAAAAAACAAAAGACCUGGCACUCGUCUGGACGUGCGCAAACAUCAGAUCACUAUCAGAGGGAUGAUAAAAGCCAAGAGUCGCAGCCUGAGCUGCUGCUGGUGUGUACAGUGUGAAGCAACAAAUCUGAGGAAGUGCUUCAUCAGAUGUUAGGGAGGCGAACUGACGAGUGAAUGAACAGUGGGAAAUAAAAUAAAACAAUGCGACAGCGACAGACACGCUUCACUUGUCUGGUUUAUAUGUAGCAUUUAAGAUUGGAGCGUGCAUUACAUUGUAUGAAGCUUUAUUAUUAUUAUUUUUUAUGUAUUUUUUUUUACUGCACUGUUGCUGUUUCAUUUGCAUUAUCUUCAGGAUUCUCUCACAUACUUGUCUAUUUUGUAAAUUAAAUCAGUAAAAGCAUUCCACUACAGCUUGUUUUGGUACAAUGUGAGUAUUUUUUUUAACUGUUUGUAAAUGUAUUUAGCUGCAUUGUUGAUGGAAAUAAAUGCGGCUUCAACCGAUUGUCCUGAAGGUGCUAACAUUGUAAUUAUGCCUGCACUGUAAAUGUGUGACUUGUUUAUUUUUGUUGGUGUGUUUUUUUUACUAUAAAUAUUUGACAAUAAAAGAGUGGAAAAUAUA